GUGUUCCGGAACGUCCCACGUCACUCCUGCUGCUGCCGGACUCGGAAGGCCGCUGCACACGGAAGCGGGCAGGAGAGGCUGAAAUCGGAAGCAAGCGGGUCGGAGCCGAGACGGGAGCUUUCUGAAGAGAAGGGAUUUCAAAAGCUUCAGACAUGCAGAGCACAAAGAAUUACUUGUGGCUCAUCUCCGAUAUCCUCGGCCAAGGAGCCACGGCCAACGUGUACCGCGGCCGCCACAAGAAAACCGGUGACCUCUAUGCUGUCAAAGUGUUUAACAACAUCAGCUACCUGCGGCCAAUUGAAGUCCAGAUGCGGGAGUUUGAAAUCCUUCGGAAGCUGAACCACGAGAACAUCGUACAACUCUUUGCUGUAGAAGAGGAGAAUGCCACUAGGAACAAAGUGCUUGUUAUGGAGUUUUGCUCUUGUGGAAGCCUGUACACUGUUCUGGAAGAGUCGGGGAAUGCAUUUGGUCUGCCAGAAUCGGAGUUCUUGAUUGUAUUGCGAGAUGUGGUGGCCGGUAUGAACCAUUUGCGAGAGAAUGGAAUAGUGCACAGGGACAUCAAACCUGGGAACAUUAUGCGUGUGAUUGGGGAGGACGGGCAGUCCGUGUACAAGCUCACUGACUUUGGUGCUGCCCGAGUGCUGGAGGACGAUGAGCAGUUUGUCUCACUGUAUGGAACGGAGGAGUAUUUGCACCCAGAUAUGUAUGAGCGAGCUGUACUGAGAAAACCUCAUCAGAAGACGUAUGGUGCAACAGUGGACCUCUGGAGCAUUGGAGUCACAUUUUACCACGCAGCCACUGGCAGCCUCCCUUUCAGACCGUUUGAAGGACCCCGCAGGAAUAAGGAAGUGAUGUACAGAAUAAUCACUGAGAAGCCCUCUGGAACGGUAUCUGGAGUUCAGAAAUCAGAAAACGGACCAAUAACUUGGCACCGCGAGUUACCAAUAUCUUGCAACCUUUCUAGAGGCCUGCAGUCCUUGCUGACGCCAAUCCUGGCAAAUAUCCUCGAGGCUGACCAGGAGAAGUGCUGGGGAUUUGAUCAGUUCUUCGCAGAAACCAAUGACGUUCUGCACCGAAUUGUGAUCCACGUCUUCUCUCUGCAACAGGUCACGUUGCACAAGAUUUACAUCCAAGGCUACAACACGGCCCACGUGUUUUCUGACUUGGUCUAUAAGCAGACAGACAUCGCACCCGAUCUUCAGGAGCUGAUGUUUGAGGGCCGAUCUCUCGAGCUUGAUCCUAAUGUACAAGCCCAACAUUUCCCCAGAACGUCUGAGGAUAAUCCUCUGUUUCUUAUCAGCAGAGAAGUUGUGAAUGUAAUCGGGCUGAUCUUCGAGGAACCCUGCCUUCCAACCUUGCAUCCUCGCUAUGACUUGGAUCUCGACGCCUCCUGUACAAAGAACGUUAAAGGUGUUGUUUGCCAAACACGGAAGCUGGCUGCCUUGCUGCUGCAGUAUCAGGAACUGGUGCGGAAGGGUGUCCGAUGGUUAAUUCGGAUCAUCAUGGACAAUUUUCGUGAGACUUUACACAAGAAGACUGAAGUAAUUCUGAAGCUCAAUUACUGCAUCACCACUGUGGAAAGAGCCAGGAAUGUGUACAACAGUUUGCUGCAGACGUCCAUACUGCCAUCAGAACUGAAUGAAAUUCCCGAAAUUCACAAGAAGCUUCUCCGUUUGGCAGGUUCCCUGGAUUCCAUUAACCACAGUCUGAAGGACAUUGAAGGUGCAUUGUUGCCUGGUAGUCAGCUAUCAGAUCACUGGACGUAUCAAACGGGGACACACCCAGAGGACAAAAACAUUGAGAAACUUCAGGUUCUCCUGGACUUGAUAACUGAAAUCUAUAUUCAGUUCAAAAAGGAUAAAGCAAUGCACAAACUGCCUUACAAUGAAGAACAGAUUCACAAAUUUGAUAAGCAGAAAAUGUGGCGUCACGUUGUUAAAGCCAUGUCCUUGUUCAAAGAUGAAUGUUUUGCAAAAUACCAAACGCUUCUUGACAAAGCGGACGACUGGAUGAAGAAGAUGCAUUUUCUGAGAAAGCAGAUGCUGAACGUCACUAACCAGUUUGUAAACAUCGAGCAAGAAGUGUUCACCUAUCAAGAGCACAUCAAAAAGCUGCAGGAGCUGCUGCCUCAGAAGUCUGUCAUGGCGAUGUCCAGUGACUGGAAAGCACCAGUAUCACACUUCAACCCCAGCCAGAGCACACUGAUGGAAAUGACCAUCGGAAUGAAGAAGUUGAAAGAGGAGAUGGAAGGCGUUGUUAGGGAGCUUGCAGAGAACAAUCACAUCCUGGAGAGGUUUGGGGCGUUGACUGUGGACGGGGGAAUUCAGAGUCCUGAUCGUCUCUAGGUGAAUUGCCUGACUGUAUAGUCCCACUGGGUCCACAAGCCGCUGCGGUGUCCAAAAGCACUCUCUACUCUCCUCGAUUCCACUCUGUCAGGCUGUCUAAUGAGAAAUUAAAUUCCACAAAUGAACACAAAAUCAAAUACUCUGCAUGGAGGCAAAAAUAUGAAUCUGAGAAAGAGACACAAGAGAGCAGAGAUGCUGAAAUCUGGAACAACUCAGAGAGUUGAGCAUUAUCUUUGGGAGGGAAAGGAUUUGUCAACAUUUCAGUUGGAAACCCUGAGUUAGAAUCUCCAAAUUUUGUCGUGGUAACGUUGACUGUUUACUCCCCUCUACAGGUACUGCUUCACUUGCUGAGUUCAGCAUUUUGUGCAUGUUGGUGUGGAGUUCCUCAUCUGCAGAAUCUCUUGUGCUGUGAUUUUUUUCUUUUUGUUUUUAUUUGUGACAUUUUAAUUCUCAUUAGUCCCUAUUCCCUGUCAUUUGGACGGAGGUGAAUGUCUCCACUGCCAUUACCUGCUUCCCUGAUGUAGUGCGGGAUGUACUAUCUUAUUGUCGCUUCAGAGACACUCUUGUACAGUACAGUGUCUUGUUUCCUCCAGUUGGUGACACCUGCUUACGUUUAUUCAGAGUCUG